CCGGCCCUCCUCGGCGCUCCGGGCCGCCUCCCGCGCUCGAGCGGCUGCGGCCUGUCGGCUCGUUCCCGGCGGCCUCGGGCCCCAUACGGCCCCAGCGCUGCCCCCAGCCACCCCGGAGCGUCCUUCGGCACCAGGGGUAAGGCCACCGAGGAGACAGCCGGCGAGGCAGCGCGGUAAAGUGUCCCUCAUGGGAUCACAGAAUGUCCCGAGCUGGAAGGAGCCCACGAGGGUCAUCCAGUCCAACUCCUCGGUGCAAAUCCCCUGCCUGGGAGGUGUUCGGUGGGAGCAGCCCCGUGCGAGACCCCCGGAGCUGUUUGCUCCAAGGAGACACUGAAACACAAGGCUGGUGCUGUGGACCGCCACAAGAAACGCUGCGGGAAGGGGUGAGCAGGGACAAGACAGGGAAGUGCUUGGGAAGAACCCUGAGUUCAAGCUGGAUGUGCAGAGACAUUGGAGUGAGCGUGCAGGGCUGAUCCCCAACACAGGGGCUCAAGGACAUCCCCAGGGAUGCAGCGGGAAUGUGGCACUGGGAGCAGUCUGUUGGGGCAUGGCAGCAGAGCCCGAGGCCAUGGAAGCAGCAAAAAACAUGCUAACACACAUUCUGACUGCUCCUCCUGGACGCACAGCCAUCACCAGCCGGCAGCCUUCUCUGCUCACCCAUCACCAAGACCAUCUCCCCGUGCCUCAGCAGCCCUGUCUCCAGACCUAUGCCCCCAAAUCCUUCACAUCCCUUCCUAAAUACACACCAUCACCCAAACCUGCUUCCAGGCUCACAGGCUGAAUCCCCUGAAGGCCAUAAAGAAUGAAAAGGGCCAGGAUGCUCCAAGAGUGAGACUCCCACAGAGGUCCCACUGCAAGCUGUGAAGCAUGCAGAGGCAUCCAGUGAGCAGGGACAGAUGCCACAGUGUGUCCCUGCCUGUCCUCACACCAGGGGCCAUGGUCCUGCAGAGUGUGGGGACAGAUGCUGGGAUCUUGCUGUCAGGGUGCCUAGCCGGGGAGAGAAGUUUCUCAUGGUGACCUCCUUCCUACCAGCCCUGUGCAGGAGGGAGAGUGAGGAUGGGGCUGCCAAGGAACUGAGGUUCCUGUGCUAGCCUGGCAUGGUACAUGCCCAGCAUGUGCCCAGGGAGCCCACUGAGUCCCAGACUUCCUGCUUCCUUGAGCACACUCCUGCUUGAGAAACCCAUCCAAACUUGCCAGGUCCAGCUGGACACCAAGGGAGCUUCCUCCAAAGGGGGAAGACAGCCAUGAAACCCAGAAAACAGCACUGGAAAUUUCAAACCAUGGGGAUUGCAAGAUGCAAAAGGCAGCAGGAGAAAAAGCAUCUGUGAGGAACAAAGUGAUCAUCAGGCUGUGUUUGCAGCAGUCUAGCAGCAGACCUCGCUCCCAGGCUCUCAGAUGGAGAUGAAGAGACUUAUUAACAUGCAGAAAAGGCAGAGAUUCUCAAUAAAAUUAGCCUGUCCAGCAUUUGGAAGGAAGCAGGGCUAAUGGCACUUGAGAUUGAAAACACUUCCACCCUCUAUUAGUAACCAAGGAGGAUGUUCAGCAACAGCUGUAGGAGAUGGCUCUUGUUAAAUCCUCAGGCCUGGAAAACACACGCUCAGUGUCUCCAGAGAGGGGACUGAGGAGGGAUCUAGCUUUAUGGUGUUGUUUGGUUUUUUUUUUUAAAUACUACCAUAUUAGAGGAAUUGCAAAGGUUCUUCCUCCUCAUCCAGUCCUGGCACAUCCCCCACAUUGCUCCCUCCUUGGAGAGGCCGUGCUGGGAUUUGACAAAGGUCUGUGGUCCAUGCCCGUGUAGGACCCCAGCACCUCCUCACCAUUUGUUGGGCCUGUUUUUCUUCCAGAUUGGCCCAAUGUAGCCCUGUUCUCUGAUCUGUGCCUCUGAGGGAUCACCUCCUUACCGCAGGCUUCAGCAGAGCUUGGAGGGGAAUCAAAAUCCCUGGACUCACCUGAGCCCUCAGAUUUGAGCUUCCCCUGGAUAUUGGCUUCCUCUUGACCAAACCACCCAGGCAGCAACACAGGCAGCAGGUGAAGAGAACACAGCUGAGGUGAGAACCCCCCUGGGAGACUUCUUUGUGCUUGGGGAGCUUUAAGGGGCCUCCAGAAGGAGACCAAAUGAUCUUAACACCUGCAUGGCUUAGCACAGGCACAGGCUGCUCAUAUUCUUUUCUGCAGUCAUGGUGAGAGGCUGGUGACAUCAUUCUGUUCACAGUGGUUCACUUCAGGUUUGGAGGAGCAGUGGCAGACUUCUACACUCCCACAUCCAAAGUCAGAAUCUGUCUGCAGCUCGUGCUGCAGCUGGUGCUGCUCCAAUCCUAACUGUUUACACGCUCUAUACCUUAUUCCUGUCGGGACCCAGGUUUGAUGCCUGCACUGUAGAGACUGACCCCGACACCACAACGGUGGCUGUGAUGCCACUCUGCCUGCGACUCACUGUGACAGAUGGCUGUCAUGGAGUGUGGCAUGUGUAGGGACUGGCAGGGGAGGUGGGGUGGGACUGGCAAAUGGGAGAGGAUGAGGGAGCACAGGCUGCACCACUUGCAUGCCAGACUCCACAUUUUAGCUUCUCUUUCAUGCAGCCACAGCAGGAAGCAUCUCCAGGUGGGAUGUGCAGCCCUGGGGGCUGCCUGCUGCUGGCACUGCCCACAGUCCAUGGAGCCCCCAGGAAGGAGGGAAGCAUGGCUAUGAAGCCGUUUGCGCACAGUCCUCAGAUAGGAAGAUGACAAUCCAUGGCUGUGCAGAAGUGAUUUGUGGUUCACUCUGAGGGACCACGGGAACAGGGGAGGCAGAAGGGCUUUCUGCAGUUGUGUGCAAGGAUGCAGGGCUGGUCAUCUGCACUGGAAUCUCUGCUCCCACCCUCUUCUCCACUUCUGAAGGGUCCAGGAGCUCUUUGCUGAGAUCUCUGGGCUGGUGCUCACAGCAUUGCCCUUCCUCUUACCAAAGGAGCUGCUUGCCAGGGUAAAUUCAGACAGGACAGAGCAUGCACCAGGAAGAAAAAUCCAGGUAAUGUCUUUCGGGCUCCUGCCAGCCCAGGGGAGAGCUGUGUGCAUCCUCAGCCUUCAUCCAUCCUCCGGGGCCUGAGGAACUGCUUCAGCUGCCUGAAGUGGUCCUGGUGCUCACCCCCAGCUGGGGACAAGAACCCUGUUUGGCAGCUGGGCCAAGAACAGCACACAGCACUUUCCCUGGGCUGAGGAGGGAUCAUGCCACGUCUUCAUGGCAAACCUUUCCCUCCAGUUUAACCUUGGGUGGUGCGGACACAGCGCAGCGUCCCCCGGGCAGCAGCUUCCGGUGACUCAGAGGAGAAGGUCUCUGCCCCUGCACGCUCCCGGGUGACUCACCCCCAGGUAAUGCGGGGGCUGAAUCUGACACUUGCCCACGUGUCACUUGAGUCAGGUGCUGGGUCGACUCUUUCCCCUGAUGCCAGCGUCAACCCUGCCUUGCAGGGAAGCCUGCAGCUCCUAAAAUCUCCAGGUACUUCUUCCACAGCUUCAAACAAAAGCCAUUUGCAAGAGCUUUGGAGUGCCUGUGUGCCUGCUCCUUUCCUCCCCGGGAGCAACCCACACACACCCCAUUGUGCAGCACAGCAGGGACCAAGAGGAUGUCACAUCUGCUGGGUGACAGCCGAACCAACUCCAGGGUCUGGCUACAGCAGGGGACGUGAGGACUGGAAGGUGGCAACUGUGACACCAGAAUUACUUCCUGAGAGGCAGCCAGGGAGUCCCAGGCUGAUAAAUGACAUAUCUGUUCUCUGCAAAUGAACAAAAAUUGGCAUACGGAGGAGGAAACUGGCAUCGUUAGGGAACAGAUGGAUAAAUAUGACAUAUUGGGGAAGAGUCGAUACAGCUCUCUUGCAGUGAAUUUCUCUUUACCAUAGCUAGUGCUUUCUUGGAAAAAGCCAGCAGGCCCCUGAGGUGAUCCAGUAGAAAUCCCCGCAUUUCCACACACAGAUCUUUUGACAAGAUGAGGUCAACGGCAAAGUCUGCAAUAAUAUUGAAUUAUUCUGGAAAUUAUGGAUGCAUGCUAAGCCUUGCAGGAGGACUUUGAGAGGCUUAGGAAGUUGGCAAUAAAAUGAGAUAAAAGCCAGUGUUAGGGAAGUGACACACAUAGGGAAACCAAGCCCAGGCUCUUGUCCAAAGUGAUGGGUUCUGAGACUAGGAGCUCUGACAGUCUGUGAAACUGUCCCCUCAGCACUCAGCAGAAGUCAAAACUUCAAAGACUCUCUGUCAAGCUGAUAGAAAAGGUCAGGAAAAAGGAGAGAUGAAAUCAGAGAUAUCACUAUUCCCUAGCCAGUCCCAGUUUAUAUGCAUUUUUGGUCCCCCUAUUCCAAGGAUACAGCAGAGCUGGAAAAUGUGCACAGAAGGGCAACAGGAGGAUCCAAGGGCUCUGCACAAGGGCCAGGGCUCUUUGGCACAGGAAAGAGACAGCUGGGAUCACACAGCAGAGAUCUGCACAGCUGGGGGAGGUGGGAGAGGCUGAAAUAACAGUGAUAACACAAGGAAGAGACUCAGCACACAGCAGCCCUCCCUGCCAGGGGCUGCUACAGAUGCUAUGUGGUUUAGGAACAAGACCACACAAAUCCACAGAAAAAAAAUCCAUAAAUACAUAUUAAAUACAAGGACUAGCACAAAGGAGACUUGUGAGUUUUUAGAGGCAGGGAUCGUGUCCAGGGGAAGUGCUGCUACACAUUUGCACCAGGAGACCAUCAAAGCCUGGGCAGGAUAUGUACAAAGCAGGUGUCUUUACCAAAUGGAGCAAAUUCCUGCAGGCACUUUUUGCAGCUCUCCAGCCUUUCGGUAAAAAAAAAAAAAAAUUGUUAUACAGUUGAUAGUAUAACUGAGGCAAUGCUAAUUGAGCAAAAGAAGAGAUGACAACUUGCUGAAAGACAUCUGCCAGCUUGGAGCCAGAUCCAUCAGUCAUGACCUCAGCCAUGCCGAGCCUGGUCCCUGCCUCUGCUCUCUGCACUGACAGCCCCUGCACAUCAGGACCCCGAGUGUCACAACUGCUCUGUAUGUGGUCCGUCAUCUCAUUAACAUUUUGACGAGGUGUGGAGAGCACUGGGAAACUUCAUUUCCACAGGUUCAGGUGCAGCAUCCUGGAGACAGGCCAGUGAGAGAGCUGGGUGACAAGAGAGGAGAGAAAAAUGACUGCAGGACUGACACCCAGAGGACCUCUACAAUUCUCCUCAAAGCAAAGACAACAUCUUACGGCCUCUGUCCUCACACAGAAGUGCUUCUGCAGUCGAUCACAGCCUUGCCUGCAACUCUCUGCUCUUUCCUCAUCCUUCUCCAGCCAGCAUCGGACCUUCCCAGUGCUGUUUCCCAUAUACACUGAAGCAAAGGAGCUUCUGGAGAUGGAAGGAAACCAGAUAACCCUGGACAGCCUUGACAAGGGCACAGAUAACCCAGCUUUCAGCUUCCAGGGAGAGAACAGACACUAUGAGGAAUGUGGUGGUCCACACAGUGAGAGCCAAGAGGAGAGAAGAGAAGGGAAAGGGAGAUUCUCCUCCUACUGCAGGAAGGCCCUGCAGCCGGCAUCCAAGGCAAAGCAUUUCUGCAAGGAUCAUGCCAAGGUGUUGAGAAGAGUUGUCUUGGGGCUCCUUGGAGUAGCCUAUCUGUGCUACUUCAUUGCGGCCUGUUACCUCAACUUCCAGCGAGCCCUUGCCUUGGUGGUCAUAACUGCCGUGGUUGUCUUCUUCAUCUGCUGGAAGGUCUUCCAGAAGCACUGUGGGGCAAAGGUUCUGCUGCUCCUCCGCCCUGUUGGGAAGUGCUUCCAGAAAUCCUGGCUGUGGCUGAAAUGGCUCCUGUGGGUGGCCCUCCUGGCAGGCCUGAUUGUGUGGCUGGUUUUGGACACCGGCAGAAACCCAGAGCAGCUCAUCUCAUUAGGUGGCUUCUGCUUUUUGGUGCUGUUCCUGUUUGCCUGCUCCAAGCACCAUGGUGCGGUGUCCUGGAGAGCUGUUUUCUGGGGUCUUGGUUUGGAGUUCUUACUCGGACUCUUUGUUCUCCGAACGACUCCCGGCAGCCAAGCUUUCCAGUGGCUGGGAGACCAGGUCCAGUACUUUCUGGGCUACACCAGAGCUGGCUCCAGCUUCGUCUUUGGGAACACACUCAUUGAAGAAGUCUUUGCCUUCCAGGCCCUGCCCAUCAUUGUUUUCCUCAGCUGUGUGAUGUCCAUCCUCUACUACCUCGGUGUCAUGCAGUGGCUUAUUCUCAAGAUCUCCUGGCUGCUUCAAAUCUCAAUGGGCACCACUGCCACUGAGACUCUCAGUGUGGCAGGGAACAUUUUUGUGGGACAGACCGAAGCCCCGCUGCUCAUCCGCCCAUACCUCACAGACAUGACCCUGUCAGAAAUCCAUGCUGUGAUGACUGGUGGCUUUUCCACCAUUGCAGGCAGCGUGAUGGGUGCCUACAUAUCCUUUGGGAUUGAUGCAGCGUCACUGAUCGCAGCUUCUGUGAUGGCUGCGCCCUGUGCCCUCGCCAUGGCCAAACUUGUCUACCCUGAAGUGGAGGAGUCCAAGUUCAAGGGCAAAGCAAGCAUCCGCCUCUCCUGUGGGGAAGAGCAGAACAUCCUGGAAGCUGCUAGCAAUGGGGCUGCCACCUCCGUGGGGCUCGUGGGCAACAUUGCGGCCAACCUCAUCGCCUUCUUGGCCGUGCUGGAGUUCAUCAACGCUGCCCUCCGCUGGUUUGGGGAGAUGGUAGACAUUGAGGGCCUUACCUUCCAGGUGAUCUGCUCCUAUGUCCUCAUGCCUGUGGCCUUUCUCAUGGGGGCAGACUGGGCAGACUCACCGCUGGUGGCUGAGCUCCUGGGGAUCAAGAUCUUCCUGAAUGAGUUUGUGGCGUACCAGCAGCUGGCCACAUACAAGAAGAACCGCCUGAUGGGCCUGGAGGAGUGGGACGGGAACCGGAAGCAGUGGAUAUCUGAGCGAGCUGAGAGCAUCACCACCUUUGCCCUCUGUGGAUUCGCCAACCUCGGCACCAUUGGCAUCACUCUGGGAGGCCUAUCUUCCAUGGCGCCCGAGCGCAAGGGUGACUUUGCCUCCGUGGUGCUGCGGUCCCUGCUCACUGGCAUGUGUGUCUCCAUGCUCAAUGCCUGCCUGGCAGGUCUCCUCCAUGUGCCAACAGAGGUGGGUGACUGCGCAAUGUUCUUCAGCACCGCCAACUUCAGCUCGACCAGCUACACUAUGUAUACCUGCUGUAAGCAGCUCUUUGCCAGCUCCGUGCUCCAGAAUGGGACUCUGUCCUUCAUGGGAUCCUGGGCUGAGCAGGCAGAGAGUGUGCUGUGGCUCAAGGAGUGCUGCGCAUACUACAACCACACAUCCUGUGCAGGGACAAUCUAGAAGUGGGGCAAUACCAGGGCCUACAAGGCCUAUCCCCAAAAGUAGAAAAAACCCCAACAGAAACCUGAGCAUCUGGUCUUCUCCACUCCAGUGCUGAUGGACAGCUGCAUGCACCUUGCAACCUUCACCCUUAGGUGCUGGCCCUGUGGACACAAGGGAUCAGCUCCCAAAUAAAUUAUGGCAAUCCUUG